AUGUCCGAUGACGAGUUUUCAUUAGAGGGAGGUCUCUUCGAGGAACCUGAAGGGUUCAGCAAACCACCUCCAGCACCCCAUUUUGCAGACUACGAGAGGAAAACAAGCCCAGCUUCAAACAUCCAUCUCAGACUAGUUGGGCUGUCACCGCUUUGGGGCCACCUUUUGUGGAAUGCAGGGAUAUUUACUGCCGAUUUCUUGGAUAAGAAUGCCAAAUCUUUGCUCAGGGGUAAGAAGGUCUUGGAACUUGGAGCAGCGGCUGCCCUCCCUUCGGUGAUAUGUGCCGUUAACGAGGUGAAGGAGAUCGUAUCCACAGACUACCCAGAUCCAGACCUCAUUUCUAACAUACGCUAUAACUUUGAGCACUGUGAGGGGAUCAAUUCGCCAUACAGAGUGCAGGGUUAUAUAUGGGGAGACGACAUAGCACCAUUAAUCUCAGCAGAGCAUGAAGGUAAGGAUGUUAGAGAGGAGGACAAGUUUGAUUUGAUCAUCUUAUCAGACUUGGUCUUCAACCACACAGAGCACCAAAAGUUAUUGACCACAUGCAGAAGGUCCUUGAAGGCUGACGGGAGGUGCUUGGUGGUAUUUUCUCCUCACAGACCGUGGUUGUUGGAAGCGGAUUUGGGCUUCUUCGAGACCUGUAAGGAGUUCGACUUUGAACCGGAAAAGAUUGACUUAGUGACCUGGAAACCAAUGUUCCCAGAAGAAGAUGAAUCUACGGCUGACGUGAGGUCUAGAGUAUACUCGUUCUGGUUGAACCCUGUUUGGGAAUGA